AUGCCAUCAGCAACCCGGCUCGCCCACUCUGCUGCCAGAGCGCGGCCUCUAUCCCAGCAGUCGAGCCGGCGGCUCUUCAGCACUACCCGCUCUCAAUUCAGGGAGGUUCGCGACGCCUACAUCCUCAGCGGGUCGCGGACACCCACCGGAGUGUUCAAUGGCGCCUUCACCACGGUUCCCGCGCCCCGGCUGGGCGCCGCCGCCAUCGAGUCCGCUCUCUCCAAGUCGACCGUCCCCAUCGAGAAGAUAAAGUCCGUCUACAUGGGCCAGGUGCUGCAGGGCGCCGCUGGCCAGGCUCCCGCACGCCAGGCCAGCAUCUUCGCCAACCUGCCGUCCUCCGUCGAAGCCACCACCAUCAACAAGGUGUGCGCCUCGGGCCUGAAGGCUGUGACCAUCGCCGCGCAGGACAUCCAGCUGGGCGACGCCGAGGCCAUCAUUGCCGGCGGUAUGGAGAACAUGUCCCGCGUACCCUACUACCUGGCUCGCGCCAGCCAGCAGCCGCCCUUCGGCGAGCAGAAGCUGCAGGACGGCCUGAUCACCGACGGCUUGUGGGACGUCUACAACCAGAUCCAUAUGGGCAAUUGCGCCGAGAACACGGCUAAGAAAUACGAGAUCACGCGUGAAGAGCAGGAUGAGUUUGCCAUUCUGUCCUACAAGCGUGCUCAGGAGGCAUGGGCUGCCGGGCUGUUCAAGGACGAGGUCGUGCCUGUGACGGUGAAGGGCAAGAAGGGCGACACUGUCGUCUCGGAGGACGAGGGAUACAACCGUCUGAAGCUGGACAAGGUCAAGACGCUGAAGCCGGCCUUUGUCCGCGAUGGUACCGGCUCCAUCACCGCCGCCAACAGCUCUUCCUUCAACGACGGUGCUAGCGCCCUCGUUCUGGGCAGUAAAGAUGUCGCCAAGGCCCAUGGCUCGGGUUCGCGUGUAUUGGCACGCGUUGUCUCCUAUGCAGAUGCUGCUCUUGAUCCUAUCGAUUUCCCCGUCGCGCCUGCCAAGGUGGUUCCUCUUGUUUUGGAAAAGGCCGGCCUAUCCAAGUCCGACAUCGCCAUCUGGGAAUUUAACGAAGCUUUUGCCGCUGUCAUCAAGGCCAAUGCUAAGAUCUUGGGCCUUGGUUCGGACAACGUCAACCCCAGGGGCGGUGCGAUCGCUCUGGGACACGCGCUGGGAAGCUCUGGAAGCAGAAUCUUGGUGACCUUGUUGCAUCAGCUGGAAGUUGGACAGUAUGGAUGCGCCGCAAUUUGCAACGGCGGCGGUGCUGCCAGCGGUAUCAUCGUGCAGAGAAUCGGCCAUAACGACCUGUAA